UCAAAUAUGGUCCUGCUUCAAUAAAAAUGGCGGCGCCCAUGGAAUGGUAACUCUGUAAACAACGAAAAGUGGCACUGCAGACUGAUUUCCAACACUUAAGCUACGGUGAUGUGAAAAGAGCACGUGGAGGAAAUCACUGAACGAAUGACACACUAGGGUUCAAGUUUCGUAAAUACUUGAUUGACGGUUCAUCACCUGGAUGUUCAACCUCAUCUUUGGACGAAGCCUGAGCAGCAGAGUAACAACACAGGCAGCCGUGAGCGGAUGGAGCAUUAAGAAGAGGAGGCUACGACUGGCUGCUGUAGUAGCAACUGCUGGGAUAGGGGGAGGUUUUAUUUUAUACCGUGAGUGGAUCAGCCUGGACAAAUCAGUCCACUUCAAGACGGAUGCAUCGAUACCAGACCAGCGACAGACCUACAUAUAUAUCAGCCCAACUCCCCCUGGAGAUGACCUGGUUACCCAAAUGAGGAGUAAAGUCAAAUGGAGGUUGUCAAUCCUGGAGCACUUCCUUGAAGACAAACACCCAGAUGUCCUCUCCAAGUUACCCCUGGACCGGACGAGCGACGACCCCUGGCGUUUACUCAAGAGGGCCCAGUCAGACAACCCGCAACGCAGACUAGCUGCGGUGGCUAAACUGGCCAAGAAACACCACUGGCUCGACGCUGAAUAUAGAGCCAUUGCACAAGCGUGUGAUCAAAGGACACUGAUUGGUCUAGCCAGGUCAGCUGACGUGGAUACCAGGUUCUUUCUGGCCCCGCCCUCUCUGAAUGACUUCAAGGAGAGCACAGAGGAAGGUUUCAAGAAGCUUCUGGGUGCUCUACCGAGAGACAAGAUUGACCGAUGUACGGAGUUCUUCACCCUGAGGGCCAUGACAGAAGGGAAGACAGUCCAAGCCCAUGAUCAGACUGGGGCGCUGUGUUUCGGCGGCAACACCUUGACCUUUGUUACGGGGCUCAGCAAGAUCCCCGAGGAGGCGAGGGAGACAGUCAACCUGCAGGCUCUCGUCAGUCACUCAGAGGUUCCCAGCCAUUGUGAGGAGAUUGCCAAUCAUGGAGGCCUGCAGCUACUGAUGAAGCUACGCAACUCCAAGGCGGCAGAGGGCAGUCUCAAGAUUCAGUGCUACAUCGCUCGCAUCCUAGCUAACAUGGCGCUCAAUGAGCAUCUACAUUCCAAGAUUGUACAGGCAGGCUGGGUUACUGUCCUUGCCUCCUGGGUGAAGUCGGACUGUAUCCCUCUGGCUGCCCACGCUGCCAGGGCCCUGGUCAAUCUGGAUCGCGAUGCCGUGACGGAGAAGUUUGAUGACGGUAUCUUUCUACUGCACCCCCAAACCAGAACGAGGCAAGCAUUGGAGGCUGAUGUGGUAUUUGUGCACGGCCUCCUGGGCGGAGCCUUCAAGACGUGGAGGCAGCAGGACAAGGUGAGCAAGACAACCAAAGAGUCACAGCAGGAGGAGGGCAAGGAGGAAGAGAUGAACCUAGCUGAUGAGGAAUGGACAGAUUGCUGGCCUAAGACUUGGUUGUCCAAGGACUGUUCCCAAAUGCGCAUACUGACCAUCUCCUACGACACCCACAUAACUGAGUGGUCCGCCAAGUGCCCCUUCGAGAGUGACAAACGGUCACUGGCCAACCGUUCGGCAGAGAUUCUAAACAAAUUGCAUCGGACAGGUGUGGGCCAGAGACCUGUUAUAUGGGUGUCCCAUUCCAUGGGAGGACUACUGGUAAAACAGAUGCUGCUGGAUGCCUGCGAACAACCUGAACUGGAGAAUAUUGCUGAUAAUACGCACGGCGUGGUGUUCUUCAGUACGCCGCACCACGGUUCCUCCCUGGCUGCAGCAUCCCAGCAGGCCAAGCUCCUUAUCUAUCCAUCAGUAGAAGUCAAGGAACUAGUCCAAGAUUCCCCCUCCCUGAAGAAUCUUCACGGCCGUUUCCGGGCUUUUGUGCAGAUGAGACGUCUGCCCGUGCUCAGCUUCGGCGAAACCAAGCCCAUGAGUAUUGGGCUCGGGGUUAAGACAGUCGUGGUUCCUGUCGAAUCCUCACAUCCUGGAUAUGGUGAGUACCAUUCCCUGGACGUCAACCACCUAGAGAUCUGCAAGCCCCCAAGCCAGCGCUCCCUCCUCUAUCAGCUGACUCUACGGUUCAUCAACCACUCCGUGCCCCGCUCCCUGCCCCACAUGCUGUCGGAGAGACUCCGGGAAGAUUUGGAUGGGGAGGACACGGCCGAAGUCUUCUAUCCGCUGGGCAUGAGCUUCGGCGAAUAAUUCCAAGCAGUAUUCAGUCAAACUUGAUCGUGCAUUCCAUGCUGCGUUUGGUGCCUGCAAGAUUUCACUAAAUUGAAAAUAGAGUCAGUGAAUUAAAAAUUGAAAGUUGAACAAAGAAAUUGACUGGAGCAGGGUUUGAACAUGGGACCGCCCUUGUGGCAGAUUUGAUUAUUUGAAAUAAAAAGCCGCAUCCUCUCCAAGUGAUUAGAUCACAGUUAGCCAUUUUCCAGGUUUGCAGCAUUGCUAAUGUUGCUAUGGGCCUUAUUCACGAGUCGGCCAUAUUGAAUUGGAAGUGAGGUAAAAUCUUCUUUUUUUU